AUGUCUACCUUUAUUUCAUAUUCUGAUUUAUCUAAAGCAAUUUUAAAUUGUAAACUUCCGUCUAAAGAAACUUUAAAUAUUUUAUCACAAAAUCAACAAAUAGAACUAUUAAAAUUUUUUUAUAAUAAACAACAAAAACUGCUUAAUAAACUUCUUGAACAUAAAAAAAAUGAACAAAUGCCAAUUAAUAUUCCAAAUAUUCGACUACCUAAAAGAGAUAAAACAAAACCAUCAAAAUUAAAAUUAUCAGAACUUUGCACCUGGUUACCAAAAAAUUAUUUUUCAAAAAUUAAAUCAGAUUUUACACCACUUCUUGACGAAAAUAAUAUCAAAGAAUCAAUUACAUGGUUACAACUGGGAUAUACAGCUAGAGAAAAAUGUUUAAAACAAAAAUUAGUAGAUAGAGCUGAUAAUUUUAGACGAAGAAAUAAAAAAGCAAACUUAAAAGUUAUUAAUUCUAAUAUGCAAGCUGCAAGUGAAGAUGAAUUAGAAACAUUACAACAAAAUAAUAGAAAUAUUGAAGAAAAUAAUCGGAUUAAUGAAGAAAAUAUAUUAGAAUCUGAUAUUGAAGAAUGUACCAUUAACAAAGAAAAUAUAUUUGGACCCAAUAUAGAACUUGAUGAAUAUUAUCAGGAGAAUACUACUAUAAAUGAAUAUAAUAAUGAAGAACCUUUCGCUACAUCUAGUUCUAACAGCUUUGUAACGUCUACUUCUAACAAUAAUAUAGUUACUUCUAGAAAUUAUGAACUUUAUGAUUCUACAAGUGAUAUGGCAUUUGAUACUACAUUUAGUAGUGAUGAAGAAUUAUCAAGAAAUAUUUCUUCUCAACCAUAUAAACAUACAUUAAAAACAAAUACGCCUAUUAUGAAAACUACUGAUAGAAUAAGCAAUCGAACAAGACAAAAAUACCAUAUUAAUUCUGAAGAUUCUUUGCCUAAACGGAUUCAAAAAAAGGAUACUUUACAAUCUUCAACAUUGGCUAAUGAAACCCGAAAAAUUCAAAGAACCAAUAUUAAUA